AUGAAGUUAGUUCCAAUAGAUACAAGCCGUGAUAAAUGGCUAGCUUUCAUGCAGGGCAAAACUAAUCAAGUGGGACGAGGAAGAAGAUUCAUAGUUUUACCAGAGGCAUCUAGCCAAUAUGGUGGUAAAAACAUCACUGUAGUAUCUCCUAGUCAGGCUACUGUUGAGCGGGCGAUGUCAGAUGCUGAUAAUUUCUAUUCCAACGAUGAUGCAAAUAGUGGUAGACGAGGAAAUAAAAGAUCAUGUAACCGUACUUGGAAGUCUUCAGUGAAAAAGACUGUGAAGAAGACGCAACGAAAGAAAAAUAAACUUAGACAGUGA